AUGGACACGCUUCUGGGAACGUCCUUUUUGGUUCUGUGGCUGCAGCUCAACAGGGUGAGUGGCCAACUGACAGAGAAAAGCAGCCAACAGCAAGUGAAACAAAAUCCUCCAUCUCUAAUCGUCCAGGAAGGAAGGACUUCAGCGCUGAACUGUGCUUAUGAGAACAGUGCACUUAACUACUUCCAAUGGUACCAGCAAUAUCCUGGUAAAGGCCUUGUACUUUUGAUGUACAUAAGUUCAGUUGUGAAUAAAAAGGAAAAAGGAAGAUUCACAAUCUUCUUCAGCAAAACUGCCAAACACCUCUCUCUGUACAUCGCAUCUUCCCAGCCUAGAGACUCAGCCACCUACUUCUGUGCAGCAAGUGCACAGUGCUCUCCAGGCACCUGCAGCCUUUACCCAAACCUGCAGCUGGACUCCAGUCAAUCCGUGCUGUCAGGGCUUAGAUGGGCAGAUAUGCUGACUGAUUUUAGGUUACACAUUGUUAUUGUUGUUAUUAAUAUGUGGUUUCUUCAAAAUCCUGAAGGACAACUCAUCAGCCUGUUUUACAUUCCUUCAGGAACAAAGCAGAAUGGAAGAUUAAAUGCCACAACCCUUAUUUCAGAACGUCUCAGCUUGUUACACAUUUCCUCUUCCCAGACCACAGACUCAGGCAUUUAUCUCUGUGCUGCAAGCCACAGUGCUUCCCCAGCACCUGCAGCCUGCACACAAACUCUGACUGCCCAACCCCUUCAGCUGUGA